AUGUUGAUUCCAAUGGAAAGUGCGUUUGGGGAUAAUAGUCAAGUGAAUAUUCAGAGUUCCUCCGUUUUCAAAUGUCAGCCGACAUUUGUUACUUGGUGUUCAGUUUUAUUUGUUCUGUUUGGAUGAAGUUAUCAAUAACUCUGGUGUACACUCCAACACAGUAGGUGGCGACAAUGCACCCGCUUUAACAAAGAAGAGCAGAAUUAGCGGAAGUAAACGGUGGAUGUAUAGUAAACCAGCGCGAAGCAUAAUUGGUUGAAUGUAUGGUUGAAUGCAGUUUGUUUUUAUUGAAAGAUUAUACUGUAGUCAAAGCGUAUGUACAUAUUACAUCGACAAUCAAGCAACAAUGUCUUCGGUGGAGUAUUUGAGAGUAUUUGUGAGUGAGCGACUCACUGCUGCUGCUGAAGAAAUAUUUGGAGUUUUUAAAAAAACGAUCGUAGAGUAUGAGGAAGAGAUCGCUCGUCAGCGCAAACUACUGGAUGUUGUUUUGAGACCUGAAAUACAUUUACGCAGGAUAGCACUACCUGUUUCCGUUGUCCCUCCAGAGCUCCCACUGCAGUAUAUCUAUCAGGACGAGGAGGACCUCGCUGAACAGCAGCUCUGUAUAGAGGACGGGAACUUCAGUCCGGACCAAGAGGACGAGGAGCCUCCUCAGAUCAAAAAAGAACAGGAGGAACUCCACACUGUUCAGGUGGAAGAGCAGCUUGUACUGAAGCACGAGACUGAAGCCUUUAUGGUGACUCCUACUGAUGAGGAAAAUGAGCAUAGUGAAGAUCACUACUUUAAUUCUUACGAGACUUUAAGUGCAGCAAAUAAAGAGUAUGUAAGCAACAUACCAUCAAUAAAUUAUGUGGUACCAGAUCCAAGCAGUAACCAGCAGGUCUUCUCUCACAACUUUCAUAAAACUGAGAGCCAAAAUCAAAAAUCUGGCAAGCAUGGCGAUUCAGGAUCAACUAUAAAUGCUACAGAGCAAAACAAAACACAUCACAAUCAAAGUAACAUUACAUGUAAUAUUCACCGGGAUACUCCCACAGGUUUAACGUUUUACACAUGUGACACUUGUGGGAGAGAAUUUAAGAACAAAACCACAUUAAAUAGACAUUUCAGGGUUCACACAAGUGAAAGGCCAUAUUUCUGCAACACCUGUGGGAGAACAUUUAAAGACAUUGCAACAUUAAGGAAACAUGAGUCAAUCCACACAGGUGAAAAGCCAUAUCCAUGCCAAAUAUGUGGUAAACAUUUCAGACUUAAAAAUGACGUGACCAACCACAUGAGAACCCACACAGAUGAACGGCCACAUGUCUGCAACAUCUGUGGGAAAAGAUACCGUCGGAAGAUGGACAUGAAAUGGCACAUGAGAAUGCAUACACGUGACAAGCAGUCGUCUUGUGAAACAUGGGGAAUUUCUGAAGAGACUUUACAGUUGGCAUGAGCAGAGCGUUACUAGUGGGAAGCCAUAUAAUUGCAACACCUCUGUGAAAGAGUAUUCCAUGUGAACAUUUCUUUUAAUGGCACCUCAAGACAGAACAAAAUCUAGAUCUGUAUCAAUGCUCUGAUCAACCAGUAAUCCCACAUCUUCUUUAUUGUGUCAAUUUUGUUUCCACAUUAUGACUUGGGUCUCACAAACAACUUCCAAGGGAGUAAAGGAAACAAUCCAAAAAGAUCAUGUGAAUACACCAUUGGUGUUGGAGUGACAUUCUAUUUUGCACAACCCUGAUUCAUAGUGGAAUAAAAGGCUCACUCUCUUCAUCUCUCACCAUAAACUUAACACAAAAAGUAAGGAAAUUUGUGUUUGGUAGAUGAUUUCUUUAUUGUAAGAAGGCUUCUUGGCAAUAAAUCUUAUACUGUUGGAAA